AAGAAAUCAACUGAAACACCUGAGCAAAAGGCUGAAAGGCUUGCAAGGCGAAGAGAAUUGUAUAAAGCUAAGAAAUCAACCAAAACACCUGAGCAAAAGGCUGAAAGACUAGCAAGGCAAAGAGAAUUGUAUAAAGCUAAGAAAUCAACUGAAACACCUAAGCAAACAGCUGAAAGACUCGCAAGGCAAAGACAAUUGAAAAAGGCUAAAAAAUCUACUGAAACACCUGAGCAAAAGGCUGAAAGACUUGCAAGGCAAAUAGAAUUGCAUAAAGCUAAGAAAUCAACUGAAACACCUGAGCAAAAGGCUGAAAGACUUGCAAGGGAAAGAGAAUUGUAUAAAGCUAAGAAAUCAACUGAAACACCUGAGCAAAAGGCUGAAAGACUUGCAAGGCAAAGAGAAUUGUAUAAAGCUAAGAAAUCAACUGAAACACCUGAGCAAAAUGCGGAAAGGCUUGCAAGGGAAAGAGAAUUGUAUAAAGCUAAGAAAUCAACUGAAACACCUGAGCAAAAUGCGGAAAGGCUUGCAAGGCAAAGAGAAUUGUAUAAAGCUAAGAAAUCAACUGAAACACCUGAGCAAAAUGCAGAAAGGCUUGCAAGGGAAAGAGAAUUGUAUAAAGCUAAGAAAUCAACUGAAACACCUGAGCAAAAUGCGGAAAGGCUUGCAAGGCAAAGAGAAUUGUAUAAAGCUAAGAAAUCAACUGAAACACCUGAUGAAAAGGAACAAAGGUGCAAAAAACAAAGAACAAAGCUUCAAGCUAAAAGGGAACAAGAAAGUCCACAGGAAAAAACACAACGAAUGAGAAAUCAAUGUGACAAGCAAAGACAAAUCAAGGCUACAAAAUAUGUAAAAGAGCAUAGCAUAGAUUACAUGGACAAUGACAGUGAACAAUUCAAAUCAGAGUUUCCUGCAUUCCAUUGCUAUAUAAAGCAGCAGCCAAAAUACUACUGUAUCAUAUGUAGAAAAUUCUUAUUUCAUGACCAAGUCCAAAACUGUACCAACACUACCAUAGACAAAAUAGUCAUCCGCAAUGAAAAUGACAACUCCAGUCAAUACCAUCUGUGUUCAAGGUGUUCAAUCUCUCUUGAAAAAGAGAAACCAAUACCAAAUGCUUGGACUAAUGAUAUGGACCCAGGUGAAACCCCAGCAUGCUUGAAAGAGCUCACUAGAAUGGAAACAAGACUUGUAAGUUUGAAAUACACAUUUAUCAAAUUAAUUGUAUUACCAGGCGGACAAUUUGGUGAGCAAGGUCAAGCCAUAAGUUUCCCUACCAACAUUGAAACUACUUGCGAACUGUUACCACGCAACCAAGACACAGCUGGACUAGUAAUAGUAUACCCUUCUCACACAAAUGAAACUGUAACACAAAGAACAGACUCACAACACAUUGUACGAUUUUCCCAAAUGCAUAAGGCCCUUACAUGGCUAAUAAAACAUAACCAUCUGUACUCAGAUGUAAAUAUAUCUACCUUUGGAGACUGGAUAGAAAAUUCAGCUGAGUUCAAUCCAAUGGUCACAGACAAUGAUGAAACAGACUUAUCAAGUGCACCUUCUACUGUCCAAGAAGUCUCUGCUUUUCCUUGUGACUACAUCAACCCAAAUAUUCAGUUACAAUCUCUGUUACCGAGUGCAACAGACAACAUACCAGUGAUAUCACUACCCCGUGAAACAUCUGCACCACAAAGUAUUUUUAAGGAGACUGAUCUUGAGGAACACUGUUUCCCACAACUAUAUCCAUAUGGUACAAAUGGCUUCAAACAGACACGUAAUGUAUCAAUGACAGACUUACAGUACUUCCAGUCAAGAUUGCUCAAUAUCAAUAAUUGCUGGAGGAAAAAUAUCCCAUGGGUCUUUUUUGCCUUGAACUCAUAUGAAAUCCGAAAACUGUACAAUCAAAUAUCCAUUGUAUGUAGAAUGCAAAAGCAGAGAGCUGUGAACUCACAAUCCUUACCACAGCAACUAACAGCAGGUGAUCUGCAUCAUCAAAUUGAUGAAGAUGUUGAAAGCACAUCAUACACUUUUAUGAAGAACAUAAGAGGAACAGCAGCUUAUUUCAAGGAUCAACUGCUAAACUUGCUAGCAAAAAUAAACACAAUUGGACCGCCAACUUGGUUUGUCACUGUGUCUGCUAAUGACCUAAACUGGCCAGAACUGUUCAUGACCCUCAAUCCUGAUCUGACCUAUGAAGAAGCGAAAGCAUUACCACGACACGAGAAAUGGAACCUGAUGAGAUCAGACCCUGUCAUGUGUGCUAUUCACUUCAACCGCCGCACUGAUGCACUGCUACGCUUUGUACUGAAGAGUUCAAAACAUCCUAUUGGUAUCAUCACAGACCACUGGGUGAGAAUAGAGUUUCAGAUGAGGGGCUCGCCCCAUUUACACUGUAUGUUCUGGGUUGCCAAUGCUCCCAACCUUGACACAACAGAAGGAAGACAAAGUGCACCUGCAUUCAUAGACAAGUAUGUUUCGACACAACUACCAGAUGACAAGAACUCUCUCUUGUAUGAACUAGUCUCCAAAUAUCAGACUCAUCAUCACACCAGCACAUGUAAGAAGACACGAGUAAACUGCCGAUUUUACUUUCCUCGAGAAGUUUCAGACACUACAAGACUCAGACUAGACGUUGAUCCAAACAGAAGUGCACAGUUUUAUGUCACCAAACGAACACAAGAAGAUAUCUGGAUAAAUGCAUACAACCCUACAUUGCUCAUGCAUAUGCAAUCCAACAUGGACAUACAAAUGGUUGGUUCCAAGUAUGGUGCUGCCUACUAUGCAUGUAUGUACAUCUCAAAAGCUGAGCCUGACAAUCUCCAAACAGCAAUUUCUGCCAGUCUGUCCAACCUUUCACGUAACAGUACAAAAAGAACACGAUUGGCCAAAAUUGGCAACACAGUACUCAGUCAUCGACUGGCCACCUGA